UGAAACUCCACUGACUGAACGAAACCGGCCAAACUACUUUGUUCAACGGUCGCUCGCACGGUAUCGCGUAUUACCUAUACAGACUUGUUUAUAUGCCCCACCUUUGUUUCGUUAUCGAAUUGUUUGUUCAUAUUUUAAUUUUUAUGACUAAACAACGUUAAAUGAUUCGAAUCGGCAUGCGUGAGAUAAUAAGAGAAAUGUAAUCAAUGUUUGGAUUAGUGUCGAAAAACAAGUCGCGGACAGGUGAGGAACGCUAGGUAACAAACGUGAAAUGAUUUUUGAGAUUAGUUAGUGAAAAUGAAGUGUUGUAAGGACAUGGAGUUGCAAAAGAAGCAUAGCCAGUUCAGUGAUACAAAAUAUAAAUGGAGGACGACCGUCGUUAUAGUGUUGUCGUUGGUGUGUGGAUGCGGAGGUCAGGAGUACGGGGUGGGUGUGGGGAGCACGGACCCGUACGUGUUGAACACGAGCACGGGGUGGACGGAGCAGGCCGGCGGGGUGAUCGCCGGCGGCCGCACGCUGUGGAAGCUGGACGGCAGCCCGUACCUGCUGCGCGACGACCUGCUGGUGGAGAGGGACGCGCAGCUGGUCCUCGAGGCGGGCGUCGAGGUGCGGUUCGCGCCCAUGGUCGGCAUCACGGUGCGGGGGACACUCGUCGCAGUGGGACAUCAUGAAAACAGAAUCACAUUUACGAGUACAGAAGAGCCAGUCAAGUCUGCCAAACCAAUUCCUGAUAUACGUUUAGUGGAUGGACCGUCUAUACUAGCGGGGCGGGUACAAAUAUUACACAAGGGCCAGUGGCGAUCAGUUUGUACAAAUUCAAGAAAUUGGACAAUAAACGACAUGGAGACGGCAUGUCGACAGUUAGGUUUUAUGGGUGGAUCAUUCUACAAUUGGAUGGACCGCCAGCCCGGCCGCCGCGCGAGAUUGUUAUUCGAGGAGCCAAACUGCAAAGGCACCGAACAUGACAUAUUUCAAUGCGAUUGGGAUAGCAGGCAACUAGGCUCAGGAGUUUGCGAUUACCACCCAGACCUAGGCAUUCAGUGUUUACCGCACCACGACGACAACGAGUCGGGAACGUCCGCCCGCCAUUGGAGAGGAAUGCGAUUUGAAAACGCCGUGUACGAGCGAGUGCUCACCGCCGCCAACACACUCUACGUCCCCACGUCCAUGUCUAGACUUGCGCAUGUAACUGUUAAAAACGCAGGCCUGGGUAGAGGAAAUAAUGCAACCAGUGCUUUAGACGUAAUAGGAGUCCCGCCAGUGAUGGAAGACAUUGAAAUAUCCAACUCUGCGUUUAAUGCAAUAAACGUGACCUCUCCUAAUGCGCCCGUCAUAAUCAACAAUUGCACGAUACAAAACAAUAGAGGCUAUGGCGUGUAUGUGAACUCCACGUACGGCAUGGCCAAGAUUGAAAAUUGCUUGAUACAUGACAAUGGAGGCGACGGCGUCAAGUACGUGGUGCAUGAUAUGAAUAUUGAUGAGAGAUUUGAUAGAAGCGAAGUAUUCGACUUGUGUACACUGGCUUCAACUCCGAGCCAAACGUUUCCUUUACAAUUAUCCAUAGAGCAAUCUCGCUACUCAAACAUGGUAAGAGAUUGUAGUCAGAAAUUUUACACUAGAUCUGAUCACGUUUUAACUUUAAGCUUCAUCAAUAUUUUAACUAACCGUAACGAUACAGGAGAAAUAUUCGUUUAUGACGGUUUAACCACAGAAGAUAAACUAUUGUUGUCGUUCAGCAUAAGAAACCAUACACGACCGCAAAGUGUUACGUCCACAAGAAACCGAAUGUUUGUGAGAUUUCGUGCUGAUACUAGAACUGAUAUUGUGGGUUUUCUACGAUUAAUAUCAGGUGUUACUAAAACAUACGACUUAAAUGUAACGGAUACAAUAAUAUCAAACAAUAAUGGUAGAGGCGUUGUUAUUGAAAACUUAAGAUCUCAAGUUCACAUUCACCGUACGUCUAUAUCCAAUAAUAACCAUGUGGCUGGUCUUCAAGUUGUGAAUGGUGCAGGCGAUGUCAACGUAACUGAAAGUAGAAUAUCAUUCAAUCAAGGAGAUGGAAUUAAUAUAACUGUUACUGGUGGGAACAGAAACAUAUCAAGAAGUAUUUUAAGCUCUAACCAAGGUUACGGUGUUGCAAUAUGGAUAAACAAUACUCAAGAAACUGAAUAUGUUCCAAUUAAUCAAACAACUGUUAUAGAGUACUCUGAAAUAUUUAAAAAUCUUGAUGUUGGCAUACUACAUGGAAACUAUUGUGGUGAUAGUUGGGUCAACAUUACUGGUAACUGGUUCAAUACAAGCACUGAAAGCACUAUAGACAUAUCCACCUGCUGGAGAAAUAACAAUCCCCCAAAGUUACUAAAUUUACAAGUAGGACACAACAGGUUUUACCAAAAUCAGAAAGUUCCAUUGAAAAUACAACCAGCUCUGAAUAUAGUUGGUAGGGUUGAAUAUAAUUACUUUGAAUAUGGAAAUUAUGGUGCGAUUGUUAUAAUGAAUAGAAUAGAAGGAAAAUACUUAGAAGAAUUCGAAAUUCUACCAGCAAGAUUUAGUAUACAACAUAAUUAUUUCUACGCUAAUAGAGGCCCAUUUGUAGUGAAUCUUGGUUUGUCACCCUAUAGCGAUAUUCAAUACAUAUUAUUUACGAGAAAUUAUCUAAGAGAAAAUAAAAUCAGAGAGGCGUUUGAACCGCUAGAAGGUAUAGCAUCGCGGUUGACACCCCGAAGCAGAGUAGCAGCAACAAUAGUUUUGGCUUCAAGUAAUAUUGACGUCUAUAGAAAUAUAAUUAACAAUCCAGAAGCUCAAUAUGAAAUAGGCUCUCAUGUCGAAGAUCAGAGUAAAGUUCUUAAUUGCACAUAUAACUGGCUUGGAUUUGGAGAAGAAGAAAAGGUUUAUAAAAGAUUAUUUCACAGAAAGGACAGAUACAACUUAGCUAAGAUUACUUAUAUGCCUUAUUUAUUACAUAGUAGCAAUCCGGGCGCAACUCAAAUAAAUUAUAAUUCACUUUACGUUCCACAAUUUAAUGUACCAGGGACAUUUAUUGUUGGUGGCGAAGUAGAGGGCAUAGAAAUACUAAGACAGGGAGAAUAUGACGUCGACAAAGAUAUCAAUAUACGGCCAGGAGGCAAACUCAUUAUACAAUCCGGCGUAACAUUGAAAUUUCCUCCUGCGAUAGGUAUAAUGGUAGCAGGAAAGUUAGAAGCUAGAGGUAAACGCCCAAACGAUAUAACAUUUACUAUCAAAGAUGAAAUAAUUAUGAGUAAUGACACCAUUUAUGAAUCUGAUACAGAACUCGCCCCUACGACCCCUAGUUACUCGGAGCCCAUUGUUCCAAUAAGACUUCUAGGUGGACGAACGCAACAUGAAGGUAGAUUACAAGUUAGAAUAGAUGAUAAAUGGGGCACAGUGUGCAAUUACAGAUGGAAUAUAAUUAAUGCUGGUUUAGUUUGCAACCAAUUAGGUCUAGCUUUAAAUCCAGACGACUGGUAUUUAGAACCCAACGAGAUACCAUCAGCGGGUGUUACAGAAGAUAUAAUAUUAUCAAAUGUCGAAUGUACUGAAUUGGAUAACGAUAUUACAAAAUGUAAAGCAGAAACUAGAAAUCACUUUGAAAAUUCCUGCACACAUGAAAAUGACGUCGGAAUAAGAUGCUACGAAACUAGUUGGGCCGGAGUUAGAUUUAGUGUAAUUUCUGAAAGAACUGACUUACAAUACGUCACUAUAGAAAAAGCUGGUCUUCUGGAUUAUUCAUCUAAUAUUUUUAAACCAGCCCUACAAAUGGACUUUGCUCGCCACGGCUUGGAAAGUGUUAGGAUAAUAAAUAAUUACCAUGACGGACUAGGAAUCUUAUAUUCAGAUUUAUAUGGAGCAGAUGCUGUAAAUACUGUUAGAAAUUCAGAAUUCAGUAACAAUAGAGGAAGUGGUAUAAGUUUUAAACAGCUAGGUUUAAAAGUAUAUAGCUCGAUGAUUGAAAAUAACAAUAUUGCUGGUAUUUCACAUAAUCCGCAUUUGACUGGUUCUCAGCAAAGAGAAAUAGCUGGCUGGUUCAAUUUAGAUCCUAAUUUGAACUUGGACGAAUUUACUUACCGACCUAUAAUGAUUCCUGAAUACGAAACUGAUGUUAGUUUGGUGAAUGGCGAAACAAGGCACUUGGUUUUUACUAAACAUUACGGAGAGAAUAAAGUUAAAACAUACAACAUUAAAUGCAACCCAGGAUACGUACUUGGACUUCAGCUUUUAAAUCCUAUACACAAUUUCUCUACAGAGAGCAUUUGUAUCUAUGAUUCUCAAAAUAUAAACGAAGGAAGUACUAAAUGGUGUCUUGAUCGUGAUUUAUCGACGUUUCCUACGACAAGUAACAGCUUUGGUGUAGUAUUGGUGUAUGAGAGUGGCGUUGCUGCACUAGGUGGAGUGGUUUUAGUUGUAAGUACAAUUACUGCUCCGGUACAAAAUCUUCGCAAUAGAAUUGUGAAAGGACCAGUUCCUACACUGCAGGUUAUUAAUUCUAAAAUAAAAGGAAACACAAAAGGUGUUAAAGCUCUAUAUUACAACCGAUACUUGAAUGAACUCGGCGAUCACUUCUUACGUAAAGCAAACGAAAGUAUUAAAUUAUUUAAUUGUGAAAUAGCACACAAUAAGGAAGAAGCAGUAUAUGUUAACACUCCGUUCUGGGAUAUUCAUGAGAGUAAUAUUACUGAAAUAACUAUAAUGAUCAACAACAGUUUGAUAACAGAUAAUGGAAAAGGAAUAUACCAUUUCGCUAGAGAUUUGAGGAGCUCAAACAAUUUGUAUCAUUAUAUUCUGCAGGAUAACACCAUAGAGAGAAACAAGUUUGGAGGGUUCGAUGUCGCCUUGCCUUAUGCGUGGCAAUAUAAUGAAAAUUUCACACAUUCAAUUUAUAUGCAUAAUAAUACGUGGAGAAAUAAUUUGAACUUUGCUCUAGUCGUCGACGGUCAUUUCACUGAAAUAAAUUUCACAAGAAAUACAUUCACCGAUAAUAACUGUAAAACUGGUCUCAUUGCAAUUAGAGGAAUGGAAAAGAAAAUGAGAAUUGAAGGUAAUUUAAUUGAGAGAAACAAUGGACAAUUCAUGGUGCAAUUUUUCAUGGACAGUCAGAGUGAAAUCAUGGGGUUGGUGACUGCGAUUUUUUCAUUCAAUCAAGUUAAAAAUAAUAGACAUUCAGAAACGCUAGUCCGUAGUUCUUUCAUGAGAAGUAUAGAACCCACAUACGUCGUAGGUUUUAAGGGGAUUCAGAAAGUGGAAGUCAAAAGAAACUUAUUUGGGAACAAUGAUUUGUUGUACACUCUAUUGGCUGGAAUUAAAACGGCAAAGAUCAAUAAUGCUUUAUAUGUCACUGAAAAUUGGUGGGGAAGUGCAGAUGAGAAGCAAAUUAAGAAACAAAUCUUCGAUUUUGAUGAUUGGAAUAAUCACGCUAUUGCCAAAUACUUGCCGUAUUUACUUGAGGAUAAUUUCGAUUCGAGCCUUUCACCAUCAUUUGGCCCGGUCACGGAUGUAGAAAUGAACGAGCUGGGUGGACGUUUAAAUGCUGACCUCACAUUGGAACCCAGACUGGCUCCAUACGCAGUGACUGGUGAUAUCACUGUGAUGCCUGAUGUCACACUCACUAUCAACCCGGGCGUGACGCUAGAAUUUGCAUCCAAUGUUGGUAUAUUGGUUAUGGGGACACUCAAAGCGAUGGGCCACAGUCAGAUGCCAAUAAUAAUGAAGCCGCUACCUCCUUUAAACAAUAUGGAAAUAAACAGAAUCGAGAAACGAGACGUCGGGUACUCACUAUCUCACCAACAUCAUAAACAAAAACGACAAUUAGAAAAUUUUAUAGUUCAAGAUUCUAUAAGACUGUGUACUGGUAGAAAUUGUACCAUUAAUGAUAAUAUAUCGGAACGAAACAAUGAAGGAUUUUUGGAAUAUUACAAUCGGACAACUCUGCAAUGGGUACCGAUGUGUGAUAAUCGCUUCACUGAAAGGAACGCUCAAGUGGUAUGUCGCGAAUUAGGGUUCGAUCCGAUAAAUGUGUUCUUCGCCCGCGACCGUCGGGUGGAGUACCACAGUAAUUCACUGUCGCGUAUUUGGUCCUGGCCUGAGCCUCUACAGUGCGUCGGAACCGAAGAUCGAUACGAAGACUGUCCCAUCAGACUGAACGGACAAUUGUACGGCCACAAACACGAAUGCAAAUGGGACUCUAAUUUUGUAUUCAUCAAUUGCGGGACGAGAAAUCUGGAUGAAAGUCUACAAUACUGGGGCGGCAUUCGCUUUGCAAAUCCAGAAUUCGAGUAUUCAUUAUACGAGCACCGAAUUCAUGACCACCAAACGCACGAGACGAUGAGAAAGGAGGAGAGCUCGCUACUGCACGUGCACGUCGUCGGAGCCGGGGUACUGCACAACGAAAAGUCUCCCGCAGUCCAAAGUAUUAUGAAAAAUCCAAUGAUACAAAACGUGAAUAUAAGUCAAUGCGCCCACCACGGCAUCAAUAUCAUAUCACCCACCGACUCGAUUCAUAUGAGAUUUAACAUCAUCAACAACACACUGGGGGAAGGUAUCAGUGCCAUAUCACUCAACGGAGAAGGUAGAGAAUCAGACGAGUCCAGUUUCACUCCACUGAAGGACUUGAAUCUUCCUUACCACAUGUUCUCCCUCAUAGAUAUUUGUGACAGUACAAAAAUGAUAACAGUGGAGGAGAGAGUGCUCCUGUACUACAAAUACGACAAUAAUCCAGUCAACUGCGUCAAAAUAUUCAAGAGCGCCUUUAGGGUUAAGCCGUUCGGGUUUAGAUUGCUUCAAUUCAAUUUGUUCAACCAUACAAUAAAUUACGGGAAACGCGACUCGUUGACCCUGUACGACGGGGACAUAUACAACAUAACGGCGCCUCAGAUCGGCUACUUGGAGAGCGACUCCCCGGACGAGAAGAGACUGUUCCGCACGCAGAGCGCCAGCCUCAGCGUCAAGUUGUUCGCCAGCGGCGCCGCCGCCGCGCACGGCUUCAUCGCAGAGAUCGUCACCCUGCCCGUAUCUGCGAUUGGAUUCAAUCGCGACGUGCAGCACAACAUAUCGGACAGCGAGCUGCUGAACAACCGGGACGGGGCCAUCACUUACCGGUCUGUUGGCGAGGUGAACCCGCUGGUGGCCAUCAGCGGCAACGAGAUCACGGACAACUGUCGCAAGCUGUACGGCAACUUCACCACCUGCCAGGCCGCCGUCAGCGUCGACCUGCAGAACACGCAGACGUUCGUGUUUAGAAACAACCUGGUGCAGGAGAACGUGGGCGGGCUGCUGGUGAGGGCGGACUCGAGGGGGUCGGCCACCUCGCUCCGCGGCUGGAUACACAACAACCUGUUCUACGCCAACCACGACCUGCCCUGCCUUCAAGUCGAAGGGCGGCAGUCGUCGCCGUACCAGGAGGUGACCGUCCACAACAACUACUUCACCCGGCACCGCGCGCAGUACGCGGACGUGGUGGUGCUGCGGCAGGUGGUGUCCAACUUCACGCACAACUACCUGCAUCGCAACACCGGGCUGCGCGUGCUGCAGGUGGCCGGCUUCCACCGGGUGCGGCUGCCCAUCUACCAGACCACCGCGCACAACGGCUUCUACAACAACUACGCGACGGAUCCGUCGGGCCGCGCCACGGUGGUGGCCGGCACGCCCGGCCAGAGAUACGUCGACAACGUCUUCUACAACCCCGACAACGACUACGAGAUGAUCACCGUCGACUCCGCCGACUUUAUUGACUAUAACCCCGCUGCCAUAAGCGCGACGGAGGCGUGGCGCGCGGUGGUGGACGCGCGUCACAACUACUGGAGCUACAACUGGAGCGCGGCCGUGGCGGCGCGCGUGCGGGACGCGGCCGACCGCCCGCGGCUGCUGCGCGUGGCGGCGGAGCCCUACAGGGCCGACAACCGCUCGCUGCUGGCCGCCGGCAAGUGUCCGCCCGGCUGGGCCGCCGCCGCCGGCGCCUGCUACUACUACGUGGCGGCGCGGCUGCCGUACGCGCGCGCGCGGGACUUCUGCCGGUCGGACGACGCGUCGCUGCCGUACGUGGGCGCGCGCGGGUACGCGGCGCUGUACGAGUUCGUGCGCGCGGCGGCGGCGGCGGCGGGCGGGGGCGGCCGCGUGUGGGUCGACCACGUGGACUACGUCGCGCGCUGCACCUCGUUCGCGGCCUCCUCCGUCGACGUCACCGACUGCCACCAGAAGAACGCCUUCAUAUGCGAGAUCGACCCCCGCAUCUCCAUCGACCCGUUGUCGUGGCGCGGAGACGAGCUGACGCUGGCCCUGGCCGGGGUACUGGCCGCCGCGCUGCUGCUGGUCGGCGCCGCGCUCGUCUGCUGGUACUCCAAGUCCAAGCACAGACACCUGCAGAGACUGGAGCGGCGCAACUCCAUCCGUCAGUCGCUGCACUCGGUGCGUUCCAUCGGCAGCAUCAACGGAGGAUUCGCAGACUCCGCCUACAGGCGGAAGCUGGCGCAAAUGAGCACCCGCUCCACUGAAACACUGACCAAAGGCUCCGACUAUCGCAAGAUGCUGACCUCCACCACGUCGAUGGAAUCCAUGGAGAAGAGUCAAUUCAACUCGUCGAUGGAGGACAACCAGAGCUUCGACAUAUACGAGGCGCACAACCCCAACCCCAACGUGAUACCGCUGAAGCAGAGCACGUUCAUGAAGAAGCCCGCCUCCCCGGAGUACUCCGUGCCGCAGAACAACAACGGGCCCUUCGACCUCGCCUACAGGAACCGGGGCUACAAGGACGCCUCCGAGUCCGCCAGCGAAGCGCCCUCGGUCACCACGGUGGCCACCGAGGAGAUCCCCAUACUGCACUCGGGCUUCGGCUCGGCCCGGCCCUACGACCACGACGGGCUGGCUCCCGCCGCCGACCACUACUUCACGUCGGACACGUUACCUCUCAGAGGACGAUCCAACGACACGCUAGACUUGAAGAGGGAGCUGGAGAAGGAGGGCAAGAUAUUCGGGCCCUACGGGACGCCCACCCAGGGUUCUCAGCCGAAGCUGUCGUUCCUCAUGGAGCUGCGGUCCAAGAUGCCCGACCAGCCUCCGCCCGCGCCCGCCACCACCUUCGGCCAGAGGAGCCUCGCACCCAAGCAACAACAGUACUACGAGGACGAGUCUCCGGAGCCCCCGCGCCCUUACAGGGGCGCUUACGACCGCAGCCCCCCGGACUACGGCCGGGAGCUGGAGUCUCCGCCCCUGGACCUGCAGCACCGCGCUCGCUCGGAGGCUCUGCUCGAGACCAACUUCGAGUUGGACGACUCGGACUCGAGCCCGCUACCCCUCACCGAGGCCAGCCGCUCCUACAGCCAACCUCUAGAGACUGCUAUGUGAAUUAUGAUCACCUCACAUUAUGAGUUUAAUAUUAAAUAGGUAGAUGUACAGAGAGAAUGUAAUAGACCGACUAAUUAUUGACUGAAUUAGAAUUUACGGUGUAUAUACGAGUAUAGUGUAUGUCCAUACAUAUAUGGAAUGUAGUUAUGGGAAGUAGUGUAUGUAGUGGUGUCACACACACA